AUGAGUUAUUGCAAUAAUAUCUGUUGGAAUCCAGAAGAUGUAUACUUAGCUUUGAUUGGAGGACUUUUGAUAGGAUUGGCGACAAGCAUCCAUUACAUGUUGAUGGGUAGAGUAACAGGAUUUAGUGGAAUAUACUAUAGUUUGAUAACUUUUGAUAAAGGAAGCUGGAAUUGGAAAUUAAGUCUUAUGAGUUCCGUAAUGUUGGCCUCCUGUAUAAUGUUCAAAAUUUAUGACAACGGAUAAUCAUCUAUUUUGUAUGGUGCAUCCCCCUCAUAUAACUCAGAAUAAUUGUUGACAGGAAUUGGUUGGGGAGGAAGUGUCUUAAGUGGGUUUUUAGUAGGUUUUGGAACAAAGAUGGGGAAUGGUUGUACAAGUGGACAUGGAGUAUGUGGAUUGCCUAGAUUGUCCAUAAGAUCAUUUGUAGCUGUAGGUACAUUCAUGGGAAUGGGAUUCAUAACUGCAACCUUCAGAUAUUGGGUAAUAAAUAAAGACUUCUAUGGUCCUUCUGAUAACAUCUUUUCUGCUUAUGACUAUUCCAUUAUAUCCACAGUAUUUUUAUGCACAAGUGUAGCACUCAUAGUGUUAUGCUUUGUGUUAUAAAAUAUAUAAGAUAAAUCAAAGAUAAUUGAUGUUGCCGUGGCUUCUCUAACUGGAUUCAUUUUUGGACUAGGAUUGGUUAUCUCAGGAAUGGUUCAGAGAUUGAAGAUUAUUAGCUUCUUAACUAUUAGUGAUAUUUGGGAUCCAAGUCUUGCUUUUGUAAUGAUUACAGCUGUGGGGGUCAAUUUCAUAACUUUUAGAAUCUUGGACAAACCAGUAUUCAAUACCAAAUUCGAACUUCCAACUAAUAAGACAGUUGAUUUGAAGCUUGUGCUUGGGGCUGCUAUAUUUGGAAUGGGAUGGGGCAUAGGAGGGUUAUGUCCUGGCCCUGCAAUUGCACUAUAUCCUGAGUUCACAAUCUAAAUUGGAAUAAUAUUUAUGAUAUUCUUAGGAGUUGGAUAAGUAACUGCCAAUUUUGUUGUUGAAAAGACCAAAGGUGCAGAAAUAAUGUCGAAACCAUUGUUAUGA